AAUGAAUCAAAAAAAGAGAUUUGCUUUAUAAAAAAAAAAGAGUUAAUCUGAAACAGAAUUAGGAGACAUUCUUAUAACAUUAGAAUGCUAAAAAGUAGAAUGUUAAACAAUAGCAAUAGCUAAAAGAAAGAAACCACAUUCUUAAGUAUAACUAUUAGAAUAUUCUGGUAAAACCAAUAAUCUUAUAGAAUCUAGAGUAAAAUGAAAACUAAGAAGAUUAAUAGUGUUAAGCUGAAUGCUAAUUAAAAAAUACAGUUGUAAAUUAUCAAUAAGUCCCUUCACUGUUAUCAAUAUACACAUCUGAGAGUAAUAUAAGUCUUGAAGAAGAAUAUGAAAUUUGGGAUGACAAUAAAGAUUUAAGAGUCAUUAAAAUAAUUAUAGAAGAUUAAAAACCGUCAAUAGGAUAAUUUUUAUAAUUGUACAAAGCUAGAUUUGGGUAAGUUUAUAUGAUUAUCUUUAGAGGAUUUCCUGGACAGUAAUAAUGUAUAAAAAAUGAAGAGGUAAUAAAGACAGCUGUAAAUUAUGCAUCAAGCAGCAAAUAAUUAUUUAAGAAGUAUUUUCCAUCUAAAAAGAUUGUUUUUGAAGAUGAUAAUGAUUAUUCUGAACCUUAUAAAAUAGAGGAUGAUCAUCAUUAUCAAACAUUCAAUCACUUUUUUUAAUUCAAGAAAUCCAGAACAUUUAUUGAAAUUUGA